AUGUGCUAUGUUCGUGACGUGGAAAUGUCACACGAUGCCUUCGAUACCCUUCCAUUUGUAUCCCCAUACGAUGUAGUGCAUUCUGGAUAUCUUUAUUCAGCAGAUAUACGAGAAAAAUUACCCACUGGUGAUUGGUUGUGGUCUGGUUUAUGGUUAGCACCAGCAGAUAUAGCUUAUGGUGAAUGCCACGAUCUGUGUCAUUUAAAAAAAUGUACAGAUUCAUUUACACGUGUUCGAAAAAAUUCUGUAAAUUAUAAACGUCGAUAUUGUUCGGGUCAAUUAAUAUUUAAUGAUGAAUUUACGGAUUUCAAUUUAAAUAUAUGGAAUCAUGUUAUUACGGAUUUAGAUCCUGGGAAUAAACUUUUCCAAUGGUAUGUGAACAGUCGUGAAAAUUCUUAUGUAUCAAAUGGUAUAUUGUAUAUACGACCCACAGUGGAUUUACGGGAACAGGAACGAAUCAAGAAAUAUUUUGAUUACUGGCAUUUACCAUACAAUCCAUAUUACGCACGUGAUAUCAUUCAUUCUGCACGUAUUAAUACAAUGUAUUCAAUGUCAUUUAAAUAUGGUCGUUUAGAAGUACGUGCAAAAUUACCCACCGGUGAUUGGCUAUGGCCUGCAAUAUGGUUAAUGCCACGUGAUAACGUUUAUGGUAAUUGGCCAUUAUCUGGUGAAAUUGAUUUAGUCGAAGCACAUGGUAAUCGUGAACUGAUUUUGGAUGGUGUAAAUAUUGGUGUGAAUACAGUUGGUCAAACAUUACAUUUUGGUAUGGAUCGUACAAAUAAUGCAUGGCGUAAAGCACAUUUUACAAAAAGUCGUCCGAAUUUUGGAACGGAAUUUCAUAAUUAUACAAUGAUUUGGUCACCACAGGGAUUUGAAUUUUACAUAAAUAAACGAUUGACUGGAUCAAUAAAUGUGCCAGAUGAUGGAUUCUGGGAAAUUGGUGAAUUUGCAAAGAAAAAUUUAACAAAUCCAUGGGAAAAACAACCACCUAUUGCACCAUUUGAUCAAUAUUUUUAUAUAAUAAUGAACGUUGCUGUUGGUGGAAAUUCAUAUUAUUUCCCAGAUAAUGCUAUUAAUCGUAAUUAUACAAAACCAUGGAAUAAUUUAUCACCAACUGCUGCUCAAGAUUUUUAUAAUGCAAAACGUUUAUGGAUGCCAACAUGGCCUUAUUUGAAUGCAAACGGGGAAGAUUCAGCGUUACAAAUUGAUUAUAUUCGUUUAUAUGCAUUAUAAACAUAUUUUUUUUUAGAAAAACCCCGUA